AUGAAUUUCUCAUUCGAAAUCAAUACCAAAGCCGGAUGGGCCAAUGAAGAAACCGAGAGGAAGCGAAAAGAAAUCGAGGAUUGGAACAGUGGCCUACCGCCGAAGAAACCCAAGAGAGGACGGAAACCCAACCCGAAACCGGCCAAUAUCGCCCGCAACGGACCUACGAGACUUCGCAAAGACAAGCCUGUGAGGACAGGUCUUGUGACCGACGUCUGGGAGAUCAUCCUUGACUUUUGCCCACUUGAAAAGCUGCUGAAGCUUCGCGGACUAAGCCCCACAUUUCAUUCGGUCCUGUCGGGAGACAAGGUUUGGAGGGCCAGCAGACUCAAUCAAUUCGGCUCUGACCAUCCGCCACCACCGAACGGGCUAGCCGAGUGGCAGUAUGCCAACCUGUUGAUUGGCACUGGGUGCCAUGGCGCCGGUUGUAAGGAGAAGAACACUCGACGAACGUACUGGGCGUUUCAGCGACGCUGGUGUGAAAAGUGCUGUCACAACAACAUCAAGAAGGUAGAUCACGUUUUCGCAAAAGGAACGUGGGCAAUCGCUUACAUUGAACAGGAGAGAUGCGCCAAGGAACAACUCAAGAUGUAUGAAAGGGCUUCCAAAUGCAUACCACAUGCCAUGUUCGAUAGCUGGAAUCACUACCAAUGGGCGGGCCACCAUGAGAUCCCACCUCCAUGGGCUUCAACAUAUGGGGCUCAGACGCCUGUCUACUCCAAGUACGACAUUGAAAAGUUCAACGACAGACUCGAGAACUUCUUGAUCGCUGAUCCAAAAGGAGACGAGAUCGACCAGUGGUUUAAAAAGGAAGAGCAGAUUAAUGCGGAAUUUAUGAAGCAACUGCAGACCGUUGAAACAUGGAUGGAAAUGGACAAGAUUAAGCGCGAAAAGGGACGUGUGGAGAGGCGCGAAGAGAGGAUCAUGUUUUAUCAGAAGAAAGCGAUGAAUUUGUUGCCGCCCCUCGAGGCGAAUGUUCUUGAGCUCUGUCCAUCGUAUGACCGGGCAAUUCAGAUCUCGAAAGCACCGUCCCAGAAGUCCUGGACCAUACUUCUGGAGAAGCUGAAGCUGGAGCGGGCUUAUGCUGCAACACGGCUCGCAAGGAUCAAGCGAGCUAGGUAUCACUUGGAAUAUCGGCAACACCUCACAGACAGAUAUCACAAUACCCUGAAACGCCGAUCGUCCUUAGAUACCCCGGAACAGCGACUGGUACUCAACCUUGCCGAUCAAGUCAUUUAUAACCUUCUUCUAGAUCCCAAGGGGAUAAAUGAGGCUGAUAUCGUAAAUGUGGUACUACGGGAGGUCUACGAUGCGUACCAGAAUGUCACUCAAGAAGAUAUGCCAAUGACUUACGACCAUUUACCAUACCGUCUUAUUAUGGAUGAUGCUCGGCUUGUCUACGAGCGACGUAUUAUACCGAUGCUUCGCUGCUUCAAAAAUACUUCGAAAUUACAGGAUGCAAAAAUGCUCAAGUGCCCUGAGCCGGACUGCAAAGGGAUUCACGAUGGGAACUUCGAGUUUGAGGACCUCAUGAGCCACUUGCGGACCAAACAUUACAGGAUCAAGAACAUCGAGAUUCUUCCUCCUAUCUUCGUAGCCAACGACAAUAGGUCUCUAUGGUUGUCCUAUGAAUGGCCUCGCAACCUUCCAAUGCAGGCUGUCCAUCAGCAGGCGCAAGAUGAAUGGGACAUAGAUGCCGAGAUUAGCUACACUCGUGCCGUCUCCCCUGGUCGUUCAUUGUUGCAACAAAUGAUUGCAGCAUCGACUCAAGUGCAGGCUUUUAGAGCUUUACCAAUGUUUACAAGCUCCGUUCUUCGUGCUGCUGACACUUUGAGGGACCUUGGAAUUGGAAAUCGCUACAAAGCCAUCAUUGCCCUUGAGUUCGCCUUUGGUGAAUGGACCCAAUCACAGACCAUGCAGAUCCAAACCUCGGAAUUGAGCAUGCUUAGAACGACACUCCAAACGUUUGGCUAUGGUAACUUGUUUCAAAGCAGCUCUUGUAUGCGUUGCAGGAACAAAUGCCCGUACUCAGUGUUCGGAACCGAAAGUCACAACCUUGGAGAAUUGGCAAAGCAUUAUAUGAAAGAGCACUUGCAAUAUUUCUCGCCAUUAGAUGCUUUGAUGCCAUUACCAAACGACAUGCCAACAGAUCCUGGGUUUCCUGAAGACAGUAAGAAUGGAGACUCAACUACAUCACACAUAGACCCUCUAUUCAAGGUGGACGAAACCCUCUCAUCGAGAAAUCUUGAAAGAAAUGCCGCCUUUGCAAACAUCUUGACAUCUUGA